AUGCUGGGGCUGCUGCUGCUGCUGCAGGUGUUGGCCAGCUGCCUGUGGCUGGGACGCAGCGAGGUGGUCAAGUCCUUUGUGAGUUGUCCUCAGUUUCUCUACUCAGGCCUUCCCCCAAAUGAUGCCCUGAACCCAAGGAACCCAGCCUGGAUCUGCCAGCGUUUGAGCAACUCGUAUCACUAUGCCACCCUGUACGACAGAGACAGGAGAAUUCCAGUGUACUCUGCUUACAAAUACAGGCCUGGAGCUGGCAAGAGACCAGAUGUGGCAUGGCUUCUUGAGCCCCAGCUUAUAGGUGAAAAUGAUCUUAAAGAGAUGACAAGUGAGAUGACCCUCAUGUACAAUCACAAAUUCACCUUAGACCAAAUCAAAGACAGCCAGGCUAUUCCUGGUGACUACACACAACUGAAGGGUUUGGACCGUGGCCAUUUGUGCCCCAGUGGCCAUUUGGAGACUAUAUUGAGCAUGGCAGCCACCUUCACCCAGACCAACAUAGUGCCCCAGGACAGGAUUCUCAACAAUGGCAAGUGGAACACCUACGAGUCUGAUACCAUGCCUGAAAUGACCAAGGGCUGUAAAAACACCUUUGUAGUCACGGGUGCUGUGCCUGGGAACACCUACGUGUCCAACGGGAGGGUGAACAAACCCAGCCACAUCUGGUCAGCUGCCUGCUGCGUGGUGGACAAAAACCCCACAAAGGCUUGGGGGAUCAUUGCUGAGAACGACAAGAAUGAGGUGCAGAACAUGACACUGGGGGAGCUGGAGGAGAGGUUGACUGAGCUCUACAAUGCAACAGUUACCCUAUUUGGCACUGCCUGUCCCAGGCAAUAA